GAGAGAGAGAGAGAGUGUGUGUGUGUGUGAGAGAGAAGGCUUGUGCGAAGUGAAAGGAAGCGAGAACCGACCGGGGGAAAGAGAGAGAUUGUAAGCAGAGGGAGAAAACCGUUGGUGUUUUUAUAAUUUCGAAAUCUCAAAUACUCGUUACUAUCCGUUUUGUCUCUUUCCCGCCAUGGUGGCUCAGGUGGAGAAUAGAGCUUCCCUCGAUCUGGUUCAGAAGACUAAAACCUUGAUCUGCGCCCUCAAUCUCAUUUCCAGAAACCUCCCUCUACCUCCCGAGGUAUUUGACACUGUUUGCUCUAUCUACCUUAACGAGGAUGAUUCCGAUAACAGUACGGAACAUGGCAUCACCGUUGAAGCCCACAAUAGCGAUGGCAAUCGCCUCUCCGAGGAUGAUUCGAGUGGUCAUCAGAUUUUUGAUGGAGGGGCUUUAAUUACAGAAUUUGAGGAGGCACUGGUGAAGCAACGUCCAAAUUGCAUGUCAGGUUUAAAGUUGAGGGAAUCAAAAGAAAGUCGUUUACAGAGCCACAUUCAGCACCGUUUAACUGAGCUUGAAGAGUUUCCUUCAAGUAGAGGUGAAAUCCUGCAAACGAAGUGCUUGCUUGAGCUCUAUGGGCUAAAGCUAGCAGAGUUGCAAAGCAAGGUCCGAACUGAUGUGAAUUUAGAGUAUUGGCUGCGUGAGAAAUGUGCAUAUCCUGAGAAGCAAUUGUUCGAUUGGGGAAUGAUGCGAUUGUGUCGCCCUUUUAUCAUGUAUGGCGUGGCAGAUGCUUUUGCAAUGGAGACUGAUGAACGUUUGCGAAAGAAACGGGAUGCAGAGAGGUUUUCAAGGGUAGAGGAGGAAGAAAAGAAUCUAAUGGAGACCCAAAAAAGGAAAUUUUUUGCAGACCUUCUUAAUACAGCUCGUGAGUUUCAAUUGCAAGCACAAGCUGCUCUGAAACGCCGGAAACAAAGGAAUGAUGGGGUUCAGGCAUGGCAUGGAAGGCAGAGGCAACGUGCUACAAGGGCGGAGAAAUUGAGGUUCCAAGCACUGAAAGCUGAUGACCAAGAAGCGUACAUGCGUUUGGUGGAGGAGAGCAAGAAUGAACGACUGACAACGCUUCUAGGGAAAACCAAUGAGCUUCUUGUUCGUCUGGGAGCUGCAGUUCAAAGGCAAAAAGAUGCCGAACAUUCUGAUGGCAAGGAAUCUCUGAAAGGCUCAGUGACAGACAAUCCUUUGCAUUUGUCUGCUUCUGAGAGUAAAACCCCUGGGGAUUUGCUCCCUGAUGAAGACAUAGACCUGAUUGAUUUAGAUUCUGAUCACCAUGUCAAGACAAGUGAUUUACUUGAAGGCCAGAGGCAGUAUAAUUCUGUCAUUCAUUCGAUUCAGGAGAAGGUAAAGAACAAAUCCUUACUGUUCUGCCUUCUGUAUCUUCUUAGGCUUUUAGUUAUGUUAGACCUUUGUGUUUCAUGUAUUUAAGCUUUACUUCAAUGUGCUUUUUUAUUACUUUGUUUUCUAUUGCAUUGUAAGAAAUGGAAUAGCAAUAGAAUUGAGCAUUGAGUU